UCAAGGACUCAUAUACCACCGCUCAAAUAGUUGCAUAUUUCAAUGUUUUUUCAAUAACGGAGAAAUAUUUUGUUUUAAAAUUAAAUUGUGAAGCGGGGAUAAUUUUCUUUGUGAGUCGAAAACAAAAUCGGAUCUCUAAACGACUUUGACAUUUACUAGUUUAGUUGUGCUUUGGAACUCGACGAGAGUACAUAGAAAUUUUCGCGGAUGCCAUUCGUGCAACUAUUACCGAACAGUUAAUUCAAAUCUACAACAGUUUAUUUGAUUUUAGACUUAAAUGCGAAGUGGGGAUAAUUUUCUGCGUGAGUCGACAACAUAGUCAUUGACCGAGCUUUGUUGUUCCUAGCUCAGUCGUGCUUUGGACUUCGACCAGUGAACUUAGAAAAUUUCGGGAUGCCAUUCGUGCAAGUAUUAACGAACAGUUAAUUCAAAUAUGCGACAGUUUAUUUGAUUUUAGACUUGAAUGCGAAGUGGGGAUACACGGCUUCGAGAGACGACAACAAUGUCGGGUCUUUGGCCGAUCUUUAUUGUUCAGUUGCGCGUUAGACUUCGACCAGUGAACUUAGAAAUUUUCGGGAUGCCAUUCGUGCAAGUAUUAACGAACGGUUAAUUCAUAUCUACAACAGUUUAUUUGAUUUUACACUUAAAUGCGAAGUGGGGAUAAUUUUCUGCGUGAGUCGACAACAUAGUCAUUGACCGAGCUUUGUUGUUCCUAGUUCAGUCGUGCUUUGAACUUCGACCAGUGAACUUAGAAAAUUUCGGGAUGCCAUUCGUGCAAGUAUUAACGAACAGUUUAUUCAAAUACAUAACAGCUUAUUUCAUUCAAGAUUUAAAUGCGAGGUGGGGAUACUCGGGUUCGGGAGACGACAAUAAUGUCGGGAUCCUGGUUCAGUUGUGCGUUGGACUUCGACGAGUGAACUUAGAAAUUUCCGCACCUUUAAGGAACUUUGAAAAUCUAUCUCUAUGUGUGGACUUAGAAAUUUUCGAAACUCUUGUGUACUUUGAAAAUCUAUCUCCACGAGUGGACUUAGAAAUUUUAGAAACUCUUGGGGACUUUGAAAAUCUAUCUCCACGAGUGGACUUAGAAAUUUUCGAAACCUUUGAGGACUUUGAAAAUCUAUCUCCACGAGUGGACUUAGAAAUUUUCGAAACUCUUGGGGACUUUGAAAAUCUAUCUCCACGAGUGGACUUAGAAAUUUUCGAAACUCUUGGGGACUUUGAAAAUCUAUCUCCACGAGUGGACUUAGAAAUUUUCGCACCUUUGGGGGACUUUGAAAAUCUAUCUCCACGAGUGGACUUAGAAUAUUUCGCACAUUUGAGGAACUUUGAAAAUCUAUCUCCACGAGUGGACUUAGAAAUUUUCGCACCUUUGGGGGACUUUGAAAAUCUAUCUCCACGAGUGGACUUAGAAUAUUUCGCACAUUUGAGGAACUUUGAAAAUCUAUCUCCACGAGUGGACUUAGAAAUUUUCGAACCUCUUGGGGACUUUGAAAAUCUAUCUCCACGAGUGGACUUAGAAAUUUUCGAAACCUUUGAGGACUUUGAAAAUCUAUCUCCACGAGCGGACUUAGAAAUUUUCGAAACUCUUGGGGACUUUGAAAAUCUAUCUCCACGAGUGGACUUAGAAUAUUUCGCACAUUUGAGGAACUUUGAAAAUCUAUCUCCACGAGUGGACUUAGAAAUUUUCGCACCUUUGGGGGACUUUGAAAAUCUAUCUCCAUGUGUGGACUUAGAAAUUUUCGCACGAUGCCGAAAUCGAGCGAGUAUUAACGAAGACUUAAAAACCUCGUUGCUAUCGCGCGCGUUGCAAUGA